AUGUACGUGGGUAUCGAAAUGCUAAGCACGGUAAAAAAGUGGGCCUCAUUCCCCGACCUCGAAAGAGCCCUCGAUUUCGCAGCGUUGGGUAGGAAGCAUACGGGUAGGCUACUGAAGUCUCAGGACCGAUGGAAGCUGCCUGGAUUACAAAGAACUAUGAUGAUGAUUUGUGCCUACAAUGCACGUACACUUGCAUCCGAGUCCGCUAUAGAAGGCUUUCUCAUGCAAGCAAGAACGAUAAGGUAUGACGUCACCGGCCUGGCCGAGACGAGGCGACGCCACCCAUACAACGCCGUUUAUGACACCGGAGAAGAACUUUUCCUCGGAACAUGCGACAGUAGAGGAGUCGGCGGGGUCGUUGUUAGUGUCAACACGAGUUUGGCCAUGGACGUCGAUUCAUUCGAACAGCUUACAGCCCAAAUCGGACGUUUACGAUUAAAAGGAUGUGAAUCACUACCGGCUUUGACAUUCUUCGUCGUUUACGCUCCGACAUCAAACUAUGACGAAAGAAGAAGUCGAAGCAUUCCAUAUGGACUUGGAGAAAUUCUACAGGGAAGACCAUACAUUCUUCAAGGUCAUCAUUGGAGAUUCCCAACAUCAAGAUUGGAUAAAGCAAAACGUCGGCAGAACGUUACAUUAAAACCAACUGACUAG